AAAACGGUCGGUGGUUGAAGAGAAAAACAAAAUGUCAUUGAAGCUUUUAGAGGCAAAGUGGAAACCAGCCCUGAGCUCCAUCCUGGAGGAGCUGACUGAGUCAGAAUUCAGGAUGAUGCUGUUCAAUCUGUUCAAAAUCCCUCAAGGAGUGAAGGAUGGCAAGGCCAGAGAAGAUAUCCCUUAUUUAAUCGUUCAGUACUACGGGACAGAAGGGUCCAUUUAUGAAAUAGAUAAAAUAAUGAAGAAUAUACCAAGGAACGAUGCUGCAGUCCAACAGCUGCUGCGCCCCUUUGUGGAGAAACUGAAGAAACAACGCCAAGGAAAAAAAGGGACAAUGAGAAACCUCGGAUCAGCGACCAAAAAGCAAAAACCUGCUGCUGAUCAACUGAAGAGCUGUCAACCUGACCAGAAGAAAACCAUCAGUAAACUUGUCACAAAAGCGCUAGCUGGGAAAGUUGUGCAGAGUUCUGCUCAGUGCACAAAUAACAAAAAAGUGAAGAUGGAUCCUGUUAAUGCUGCAAAGCCCAAGAAGAAGAAUGAGACGCAAGAUUCAUCCCUGAAACAUCAAGCAUCAGCUUCAGCAUCAAUUAAUAUGGAUCGUGUUGGAGCCGUGGAGACUGAAAAGACAGAUGAGCAAGAUUCGUCCCUGAAACCAGUUGAAUCCAUAAAAACCUUCAAGGUUCUAAGUGCUGCUGUCCAGACUGGGAGGAUUAAAAUAAUGGAAAUUAAAAAGUCCAAUAAGACGAUCACUCACCUUGAGAUAGAGUUCAACGGCCGGAGGCAGACGGUGUUUGUGACAACUCAACUUCUGGCAAACGCAUUUGGCCUCAAAGUGGAGGAUGAUUUUGAAAGGAGACUCCGCUAUCAAAUGCCGCUCACAGCAGAAGCAACAUUACAAGGAAGAAAAGUUACAGACAUUAAAAAGAUGGAUCCUGUUGGAGAUGUGAAGCCCGACCAGAAGACAGAAGAGCAAGAUUCGUCCCUGAAACUAGCUGCACCCUACAAAACCUUUAAGGAUCAAAGUGCUGGUGUCCGGACUGGAAGGAUUAAAAUAUUGGGAAUUAAAAAGUCCAAUAACACAAACAUUCACCUGAUGGUAGAGUUCAACGGCAGGAAGCGGACGUUUUUUUUGACAAAUCGACUUCUGGCAAGUGCAUUUGGCCUCAAAGUGGAUGAUGAUUUUGAAAGAAGACUCUGCUCUCAAAUGCCGCUCACAGCAGAAGCAACAAUACAAGGGAAAAAAAAAAUUACAGACAUUAAAAAGAUGGAUUCUGUUGGAACUGUAACGACUGAACUGAAGACUAAAGAUGCGUCCCUGAAACCAGCCAAAUCCUCCAAAACCUCCAAGGUUCUAAGUGCUGCUGUCCAGACUGGGAGGAUUCAAAUAAUGGGAAUUAAAAAGUCCAAUAAGAAGAAAACUCACCUGGUGGUGGAGAUCAACGGCCGGAUGCAGACGGUGUUUGUGAAAACUCAACUUCUGGCAAACGCAUUUGGCCUCAAAGUGGAGGAUGAUUAUGAAAGGAGACUCCGCUAUCAAAUGCCGCUCACAGCAGAGGCAAAACUUCAAGGAAAUAAAAUUAUAUACCUUAAAAAGAUGUUGAAGCUUUUAGAGGCAAAGUGGGAAACAGCCCUGAUCUCCAUCCUGGAGGAGCUGACUGAGGAAGAAUUCAAGAAAAUGCUGAUCUGUCUGGUCAGAAUCCCUCAAGGAGUGAAGACUGGCAAGGUCAGAGAAGAAAUCCCUAAUUUAAUUGUCCAAUACUACGGGACAGAAGGAUCCAUUUCUGAAAUAGAUAAAAUAAUGCAGGACAUACCAAGAAGGGACGCUGCCGUCCAGGAGCCGCUGCGUCCCUUUGUGGAGAAACUGAAGAAACGUCAGAAAGAAAAAGCGAUGACAAGCAGACUUGCAACUGACCCAGGAUCAGUGACCAAGAAACAAAAACCUGCAGCUGGGCCUUCUGGAAAGUUGAUGCUUGAACCUUUAGCCAGUGCUGUGGACUGCAUUGAGUGGACUCUACUUAAACCGGUAGUCAACACAGUUGAUGAGGUUCAAACAUAUAGCUUCCAGUGUGACGCAGGUCGCUUUGAAUGCAGCGUGUCUGCCCUGCGCUGGGUUUGUGAAGAAAAGCUCAGCUUCAAAUACCAGUUCUGCUCAUGGGACGAGCACAGGGUGAGGCUUUCAGGCGCAGCUUACAUGCCAGCAGGACCCCUACUGAACAUCACAGUCACAGCUGGGAAGAUGGAGGAGGUGCAUCUGCCACACUGGAUCUGUGUAGAUCACAACUCCAAAAUGUCAGACAAUUUUGCAGUUCUACAUAUUGAUGCCUUUGGAGAUGUGUGGAGGGAAGUGUCUGAAGUGACAGAGUCCCACGUCAAGCUACUCCAGCCAACUUUCUCACUAAUAAGUGUUACGUUCUGGAGGAUAAUUGGCCUCCCAGUGAAAGUGUUCUAUAACGUGUUGAUAUACAUGAAGAAACACCCAGCUGCCCUUACACUGCAUGUUUACCUGGUGCCACCUGAUGAAUUCCAGAAACAGGAAGUGGAAAAAAUGGAAAACUCUUGUGGAUCAGUGAGAAUCAUAAAACCAGGCCCAGAUAGGCCCAUGCAACUGGGAGAUCAUUACUCGCUGACAACAGACAAGACGAAUGCAAUGAUUCAACCCCCUAUGCGAGAGCUCAGAGAUGAUAGCAAUAAUUUAUUUGAAGUGUUCAUCAGAAAUGCAGACAGUGACGUCCCCCUCAGGCUUGAAAGUGAGAAAAACACCAUCUGGACCUGUACCAUUUAUAAAGAAAACUACCUGAGCACUGAUCCUACACCAGGUCCAAGUGGGGCAAUUCAACAGAGGAAUGUCCCAACAGAGGACAGCAUCCCAACAGAGGACAGCGUCCCAGCAGAGGAAAGCUACUCAACAGAGGACAGCGUCCCAGCAGAGGAACGCAUCCCAGCAGAGGACAGGGACCCAUCAGAGGACAGCGUCCCAGCAGAGAAAACGCUGUUCUCAGUUCGGACAGAGUUUGUAGAAAGAGUGUCUGAUGAUGUUCUCAACCAACUUCUGGAUAAACUCCUUGAGCAUCGUAUUAUAAAUGAUGGUGAGAUGCAGUCCAUCAGAACAAAGGCCAAAGCAGACAAAGCACGAGAAGUGAUCGACACGGUGCGAAGAAAGGGAACUAAACCCAGCGCACUUCUGAUUGCUGAUCUCCGUAAGUUGGAUCCAUGCCUUUCAAAAGUGCUGAAGUUAAGCUGAAGUGAAGGUUCAAAGUUAUUUAUUAGUCAUGUGCACAACAAUAACAGGAGUAGUCAUUGGCAAUGUAAAUCUUAGGCCUUGUUGGGACACUUUACAGAUGGAGUAGGUCUAGAGACCACACUCAAUAAUUUACCCAACAAUUCUUCCAUGAGCAAAUGCGUUUGGUGCUACAGCGGUGAGGAAAGACUUCCUUUUAACAGGAAGAACCUCAGACAGAAACUGGCUCUUGGUGGGCAGCCAACUGCUUCAUGCAGAUAAAGUAUCAGCAGUGCACCUACACACCAAGGAGAUUGUCGGCCUUCGGUCCAAGGUGGGCCGACAGGGAGACGUCUGUUGCCCUAGUUUUUGCGGUGUUCUCGCACCAACGCUACACGUCGGCCAGAGAUGGGGACUCGAGUCUGAGACUCGGACUCGAGUCGCACUUAAGUCGCACAAACAGCUGACUUCAGUCUUGACUUGAGACUCGACCAAAAAGACCUCAGACUUGACUCAGACUCGAGCUUCAAAACUCGUCAACAACCUCUUUUAAUGCAAUUAUUG